UAUAAAAUUCUUGAGACGCACAAACCUCCAAGCACAGCGUCUCAAGGCGGACGAAAUUCUUUCUGCGCUCCACGAUGAAUCUAAAGGACAUGAUGACAAAAGGGCUUUUUGCCCUCCUCGCCAUUUUAUUUAUCUGCGCCAUCAUUGAGCUUGUUAUCGCUGCAGUGGUUUAUGGGAGCGCCUAUUCAAGGGAGAUGUUUGCACCAUUGGAGAACGGAUCUGGAAUGAUUGUUUUGAUGACGAGUGCCAUCAUCGUCAUCAUCUGCACUGGAAUUGGAGCUUUUGGCGCCAAGAAAAAUAUGAAGAUUCCACUUUUAAUUUUCGCUGGAUUGACCCUGGUCAAUUUUAUUCUGCAAAUAGCCGGUUUCAGCGUCGCAUUUAAUUCUGUGACCAAUAGUGAGUCACCUGUGCACAUGUAUAACUUGCUCGUCAAGUACAACAAUAAUGCGGAUGCCAAAAGAAUCUGGGACGACACGCAGAAAGAGUUAUCGUGCUGCGGAGUCAUUUCACUCCUCGAAUGGGGAAAUGCUAACGCAAUACCAAAUUCCUGCAAGUGCACUCAGGGUGAUCCAAACUGCAGCUCGUUUUUUUUCAAUACUUAUAUUUACGACGUUGGUUGUUACUCGGUCAUGGCAUGGUUCGUCUAUCAUCUAACACUUGGAGUCGCUGGUCUUUCUGUCGCAAUGGCCAUAUUACAGUUAUUCGCCUGCGGUAUUUCUCUGAAGUUGGCGAAAAGUGCGUCAGGCACUUCGAUGAAAGUGUGAGCAAGCCAUCAGGAAAUCACUACCUCUCACAAAACAUUUUAUUGUACUUUAUAUAAAAUCAUUCACCAUUAAAUUAAUUUGGUUUGCUAUAUGCAAAUAAAAAAAG